UCUCCCGUCGCAUAUUGCAUUCCAUUUCCAAUAGAGAAAGAACUUCUCCCUCAUUCUCUCUCUCUCUCUCUCUCUCUCUCUACUCGAAUUUUUCUCUAAUCUCUCUAUCUUUCUUUGGCUCGAUACUUUCUCUGCAGCUCUCAAGAGUUUGGUAUGUCAUGUGCAUUUUUUGCUGAAACGAAAACGCAAGUAGACCCAGUUACAUUGUGUUGGAAUAGUCAUAUAGCUUGUAUGCAUUUAUAUAUGAAAUGGGCUCCCGAGGAAGACUAUUAUUUGAUCUUAAUGAACCCCCGGCCGAAGACGAUGAGGAGAGUGACCGCUCUGCCUGCUUCCAGCCACAAAAGGCACUUCCAUCUGCAAAUCUCCAUGCUUCUGACAUGUUUAUGACACCAGCAGGUCCUCAAGGAAUAGUAAAUAACAAUGCUUUCUCACAUGCGUCAUCUGGUUCAGGUUUUCAGCCUUUUAUUCGACCUAAAGCUUCUCCUUACCCUGAAGUAGGUGUUGAACCCAAGAGGGCAGGAGAUCAGAAUUCCAAUUUGGCAUCAUCAUCGUCAAAAUCAAAUAACAUUGGUGAGACAAAAGCACAUGCAGCAGCUUCCUUUGUUCUGGGUCCUGCAAAUGCUCAAGCUGUGGAAAGAGAAGAAGGUGAAUGGUCUGAUGCUGAGGGUUCUGCUGAUGCAUAUGGAAAUAGUAGUUUGCUUGAAGAGGUAAAAGCUUCACAAGAGCAAGGUGUACCAGAAGUGAUGGACUCUAGUGCUUCAGGUGUGACUGUUGAAAGUGUUAGUGCCACUGAAAAGAGUCAUUCUCCAUUAAGAAUGGAUCAAAUUCUGAAUGAUCAGAAAGGCAACAACAGUCGAAAUUCAGAAGGCAAUGGUAAAGGUGAUAUAUCCAUUGAUGGUCAAGAAGAUCCUGGCUUGGUGCCAAAACAAAGAGAAGUUAAAGGUAUUGAAGCUAGUCAUGCACUUAAGUGUGCAAAUAAUCCAGGAAAGAGGAAGAUAGACCAACAGAAAGAAGCAAUGCUGGGAAAGAAACGCAAUAGGAAGACCAUGUUUCUUAAUUUGGAAGAUGUCAAACAAGCUGGCCCCAUAAAAACUUCUACUCCAAGGAGGCAGAACUUUCCAACGCCAGUUACUACUCGUACUGUGAAAGAAGUCCGUUCUAUUCCUCCACCUGGUGAACGUGUUGGAGAAAAGCAAGGUCAGCCUAUAAAUGAGGAUCAGAAGCAAGUGGAUUUACCAUGUACUGAAGGAAGCAAUCCUACAGUGGAGUCAUGUGAUCCUCUAUCUGAAUGUAAUGGUGAUACAAAUUCUGGAAUACUUGCCAGGCCUAGGAGGUUAAAUAGUGACAGUGAUCUUUCAGAGGCUCAUCAACCACCCAUUCCAAGACAGAGUUCAUGGAAGCAACCUAUAGAUUCAAGGCAGCUCAAGAAUUCACCGUUUUCUAAUAGAAAGCCAGCUCCAAUCAGCCAAAGCUCUAUGGAUUCAAAGAUAGUAAACAAGAAACAUCUUCCUUCUAAAAAGGCAACUGCUGCUGGUACAUCAUAUCAAGACACAUCUGUGGAACGUCUUAUACGAGAGGUGACCAAUGAAAAGUUUUGGCAUGUACCAGAGGAUACUGAACUCCAGUGUGUUCCCGGGCGGUUUGAAUCUGUAGAAGAAUAUGUCAGAGUAUUUGAGCCUUUGCUUUUUGAGGAAUGCCGUGCACAACUGUACAGCACAUGGGAAGAGUUGGCUGAAUCAGCUUCAAGAGACACACAUAUAAUGGUCCGUAUCAAAAACAUUGAAAGGCGAGAAAGAGGAUGGUAUGAUGUGAUAGUUCUUCCUGCUAAUGAGUGCAAGUGGGCAUUUAAGGAGGGUGAUGUUGCAGUUUUAUCAGCCCCAAGACCUGGAUCAGCAGUUAGAACCAAGCGGAACAACAGCUCAUCCAUCGAAGAAGAUGAGGAGGCUGAGGUCAUUGGACGUGUGGCUGGUACUGUUAGGCGACACAUACCCAUCGAUACUCGUGAUCCUCUUGGUGCAAUCCUUCACUUUUAUGUUGGAGAUUCGUAUGAUUCAAACAGCAAGGUUGAUGAAGAUCAUAUUCUGCGGAAACUUCAAUCCAGGGCUAUCUGGUAUCUAACUGUACUUGGAUCUCUUGCAACUACCCAGCGUGAGUAUGUGGCUUUGCAUGCAUUUUGCCGUCUUAAUUCCCAGAUGCAAAAUGCAAUCCUUAAACCAAGUCGAGAUCACUUUCCAAAAUAUGAACAGCAAACUCCAGCUAUGCCUGAAUGCUUCACGCCAAAUUUUGUGGAUUAUUUGCAUAGGACCUUUAAUGGGCCUCAGCUUGCAGCAAUCCAGUGGGCUGCUACGCAUACAGCUGCGGGAACAAGUAGUGGGGUCACAAAGAGGCAAGAGCCAUGGCCUUUUACUCUUGUUCAAGGGCCUCCUGGAACAGGUAAGACACAUACAGUCUGGGGGAUGCUAAAUGUUAUCCAUCUGGUUCAAUAUCAACAGUACUAUACCUCUUUGCUUAAGAAAUUAGCACCUGAGAGCUAUAAGCAAGCCAAUGAGAGCAAUCCUGACAAUGUUGCGAUGGGAUCGAUUGAUGAAGUCCUUCAGAACAUGGACCAGAAUCUUUUCCGCACCCUUCCAAAACUCUGCCCAAAACCCAGAAUGUUAGUUUGUGCUCCUUCUAAUGCUGCAACUGAUGAGCUUCUUGCACGUGUUCUUGAUCGAGGAUUUAUUGAUGGUGAGAUGAAAAUCUACCGUCCUGAUGUGGCCCGAGUUGGGGUAGACUCUCAAACACGGGCUGCCCAGGCAGUUUCUGUUGAGCGGAGAACCGAACAACUUCUGCUCAAGAGUCGUGAAGAAAUUUUAGGGCAUAUGCACACUUUAAGGGGUCGUGAAGCUAUGUUAUCUCAGCAGAUAGCUUCUCUUCAAAGGGAACUUACUGCUGCAGCUGCUGCUGUUCGGUCCCAAGGAUCGGUAGGUGUUGACCCUGAUAUUCUUGUUGCUCGGGACCAGAACCGUGACGUAUUGUUACAAAACCUGGCAGCAGCUGUUGAAAACAGAGAUAAGGUUCUAGUUGAGAUGUCUCGCCUGCUCAUUUUAGAAGCCAGGUUCCGUGUUGGUAGUAACUUCAACUUAGAAGAAGCCCGCGCUAACCUUGAGGCGAGUUUUGCCAAUGAGGCUGAGAUUGUUUUCACUACUGUCUCAAGUAGUGGUCGUAAGUUGUUCUCUCGCCUUACCCAUGGUUUUGAUAUGGUUGUUAUUGAUGAGGCUGCUCAAGCCAGUGAAGUUGCAGUACUUCCUCCCCUGUCUCUCGGUGCAGCAAGAUGUGUACUUGUUGGGGAUCCCCAGCAGCUUCCUGCAACAGUCAUCAGUAAGGCUGCUGGGACCCUCUUAUACAGUAGAAGCCUUUUUGAAAGAUUCCAGCAAGCAGGAUGCCCAACUAUGUUGUUAUCUGUGCAAUAUAGGAUGCAUCCGCAAAUUAGGGAUUUUCCUUCUAGGUAUUUUUACCAAGGACGUCUUACUGAUAGUGAAAGUGUUGCCAAGUUACCUGACGAGGUUUACUACAAGGACCCUUUACUUAAACCUUACUUAUUCUAUGAUAUUAUGCAUGGCCGGGAAUCCCAUAGAGGUGGAUCCGUUUCGUAUCAGAAUGUGCAUGAAGCAAUGUUUUGUUUGCGCUUGUACGAGCACCUACAGAAAACUGUAAAAUCUUUGGGUUUGCCAAAAAUCACAGUGGGUAUAAUCACACCAUACAAGUUGCAACUAAAAUGCCUACAACGUGAGUUUGAGAGUGUUAUAAAAUCAGAGGAAGGAAAGGAUCUAUAUAUUAAUACUGUAGAUGCUUUCCAGGGCCAGGAGCGUGAUGUUAUUAUUAUGUCUUGUGUGCGUGCCUCAAGUCAUGGGGUGGGCUUUGUUGCAGACAUUCGUCGAAUGAAUGUUGCUCUUACUCGUGCUAGAAGGGCUUUGUGGGUUAUGGGUAAUGCCAAUGCUCUGGUGCAAUCUGAUGACUGGGCAGCCUUAAUUGCUGAUGCCAAAGCUAGGAAGUGUUAUAUGGACAUGGAUUCUCUUCCCAAAGACUUCCCAAAAGAGUUACUCUCCAAUUUUUCAGGGCCAAGGGGACUUGGUUAUCCUCCAUCCCAAGGUAAGGUUUCUAAUAUGAGGGGUUUAAGAUCUGCUGGACCAAGACACAGAUCAUUAGAUAUGCAUAUGGACUCCAGGGCAGGAACACCAUCAGAAGAUGAAGAUAAGUCUGGCACAUCUGUAAUUUCUAGGAACGGGAAUUAUCGGCCAUUUAAGCCACCAAUGGAGACUUCUUUGGAUGAUUUUGAUCAGUCAGGUGAUAAAUCUAGAGAGGCCUGGCAAUAUGGUAUACAGAAGAAGCAAAGUUCUGCUGGUGUUGUGGGAAAAAGAGAUUCCUAGCCAUUGAUUGUUUGUCUGCGAAUUGUUUGUGCACAGAAGAGCCUUGGAGAAAAACUUUAUUUUUAAUCCUUGUGAUGGUUGCUCUUGGUUCCACAAGGAUUGAGUACAUUAGCUCUUGAUCCGUUCAGCUAUUCACAUCAUUACAAGUUGGUGAUGGACUUGUGUCUGAUAAUUGCCGUAGGAUGAACAAAAUGAGCAGAUUCGCAAGGGGCACCAAUGAACUUUUGCUCAAUUCUGGCUACUUUGUUAAAAAUGUGUAUGUGAAAUUGAUUCCUGCGAUUUCUUGCAAGGAGGUGGAUAAUUUUUGGGGUAGGAUGUGUCAUUCCCUAGAUCCACCAGCAUACAGGCCUCAAAGGAAUUGAAUGCUGGCAUCAAGGAUCGUUCUGCCCCUCCAAGAUCUUUAAACUAGACAAUGGAGAGCAAAUUGUCCCAUUCUGCCAUUACGUGGAUGAAGUCUUUGAUUGAUACAGUUGGGCAAAUCAUCCUAAAUUUUUUGUGCCCAUUGACACUAAUAUCGUUCUCCACAAUGUGCAGCUGACUCGUCAGUUUGGGGAUGUGUUCAUUCAGAUCAGUCAUAUUGGAAAGAUGCUUUGUAUAUGAUUAAAUUUGCAAAUGCUUGCAAAUUCUUGAGGACGACUAGGGAAGGGGAUGUUUAUUGUAGAAUCAACACAGUUGGAAGCUGCUGUGUACAUUCUUUGAACAUGCAGGUGCACUAUGGUGACUUAUUUUGAGGUCUGCAAAAUUCAUACGGGGUUGGUUAACUGAAUAUUCUUUCUUUUGUUCCUUUUUUCGUUUUUCCUUGUUCGUUGUUGUCUGAGGCAAAGACUUAGGUAGAAUCACUUUCCUCCAAAAUUCUGUAUAGAGAGAGAAGGAAGAAUAGUACAGAAUUUGUAUAAGGAAAUCUCAUACCAUAGGGGUAUUUCCUCAAUUAUGACGUUAACUGACUUUGUACAUACACCUUCAACUGUGGAAUCAUAGAAUUCUUUCUCA